AUGUUCACAGAAGUAAAAGUGAAAAUGUUGACGAAUGAAAAUGACCAAGUGAGAGAUAUAGAAAUGAAUAAUAGUGAAUUGAAUGGUAAAUUAGAUGAUCCUGGUUAUUGGCCUUCUAUUAUUUCUAAUGAUAUUAUAGCAACUAUUGUAACUUUAGGACCAAUUCAAAUUAAUAAUUACGAUUUUCCCCAAAAUGAUGAAAAACCAGCAAGAAGGUUCACUGAAAAAUACUAUUAUCGACUAAUGCCAAAUGGAGAAAAUGUAAAUCGUCCGUGGCUUAUUUACUCUAAAAGACACAAUUGUGUGUAUUGUUUUUGCUAUUGGAAAAAUUUGUCAACAAGUCUAAAGCAUCAUGAAAAUUCUAUGAUUCAUUAUGAAGCCCUUAAAAAAUGGAAUGACCUAAAAUAUCGUUUAAAAACUAAUCAAGUUAUAGAUAAAGCGCAUUUAGCUUUAAUUGAAAAAGAAAAGUUACAUUGGAGAAGUGUUCUUAAAAGAAUUUUAGCAGCUAUACAUUUUUUGGCGCAACAUAAUGAUUCUUUUCGAGGAUCAUCUGAUAAAUUGUAUACAGAAAAAAAUGGGAAAUUUUUAGGAUUAAUUGAAAUGAUGGAGAAAUUCGAUCCAAUCAUUUCUGAACAUGUUCGUAGAAUAAAAUUGUUGAUAGAUUGUACGCCAGAUAUAAGUCACAAAGAACAAGUAUCCAUUAUGUUGAGAAUUGUAAAUUUACAUACAGAAAAUCAGUCUAUUGAACCAUGCGUAGAAGAAUAUUUUUUAGAGUUUAUACACUGUACAUCAACCACUGGGCUAAAUUUGUCAAAUAUUCUUAUUUCAAAACUAGCUGAGUACAAAAUUGAGUUAAGAGAUUGCCGAGGUCAAGGAUAUGACAAUGGGGCAAAUAUGAAAGAAGUAAUUGAAGCAUUAGAAGAAGUUUCGGAAACAACAAAUGACCCAAAAACUAAAUAUGAAGCACAUUCCCUUGUUGUAAACGAACUCGAAAGUUAUGAAUUUAUUUUGAGUUUAGUGAUUUGGUACGAAAUACUUGUGGAAGUAAACAUAGUUAGUAAGCAUUUACAAAGUGAGAAUAUAGAUUUGGAAAUAGGCACAAAAUUAUUAGAUGGAUUAAUGACUUUUUUAGAAAAUUAUAGAGAAAAUGGUUUUGAAAAAGCGAAAAAAACUGCUAAGGAAAUUGCAUUGUCGAUAAAUAUUGAGUGUACUUUCAAAAUAAAAAGAGUAAGAAAAACCAAGACCUUUUUUGAAUAUGAAGAAACAAAGGACAAAAAUACUAAUGACGCUGAAUUAGAUCUUCAAAUUCUAUUAACUGAUGGUUCAUCAAGAGAUUUAGAUUCAGUUGAUAUGUAUUCAGAAUUAAUUAUAUUUCGAAAUAUUAUUGAUGAUAAUACAACAGUUCUUCAAGCGUUAACGUUGAUAAAGAAAUCACCUGGUAGUUUUCAAAACAUUUCCAUUGCUCUUCGAAUUCUUUUGACUAUCCCCGUUACUUCCGCUGGGGUAGAAAGAUCCUUUUCUAAAUUAAAGCUUAUUAAAACAUACUUAAGAAGUACGAUGUCUCAAAACAGAUUAAAUUCAUUGGCAACUAUCUCAAUAGAACACAAAUUAGCAGUAUCUGAAGAAUAUAAUUCAUUGAUUGAUGAAUUUGCUAAGCUUGAGUUAUACCCAGAAAAAAUAAAAUGCUUCUCCAAAGGCGUGCUCAGGCCUCUUUUUCAGGGUAUGCAAAACACUGCCACUGGUGUGCCCUAA